AUGGGACUACAGCACUGCGAUCCUCCAAUAACGGACUUAUGCUACAUCCCUAAAUUCACUUCGGAUAUCACGCUAACACCAAAAUGCGUGGAAGCAUUAUUCAGAAAUCUCCCGCUAAGCCAAAUAAACAAGUUCUGUUACUUUCAAUGUGUAAAACAACAAGAAAAUGAAGAAGUAAUAAUUAAACAAAUAGGAGUAAAUACUUUUGCAAUCACUAAUCCCCAACCUACGCUAAUGAUAAGAAAAUCAAAAAAAAUGUAUACACCGAAACACAAAAACUAA